AUGGACGAGGAAAUGUUUGUGUCUGAAGCCUUUCAGGGCCUUGAUAUGGCCUUCACAAAUGCCCUGACAAGCAUGCGAAAAACGUUAUGGGAUGUUUUUGCAGCAAAAAUCUCAGUGGUUGAGACUGCCGGAGUUGGGAAACUUGAGGUCACGGAACAAAUGUUGCAGGGCAAGGAACUAGAAAUCUAUGCUCUCCGGCACCAAAUUCGAAGUUUGCUGUCCGGACAACCGGUCUGUAGUAACUGUUCACAGGAAAUAAUCGCGCCGGAAGUUCAUAUCCUACAGUCUAACCUUCGUCUUAUUGAUGAUCGCCGACCUGCUGCUAUAUCGGCUCCCCGGAAACGCACUUUGAUUAAUGCUUCUUUAAGCAGUUCAACUACCACCACGGAGCAACCAGAAGAUGCACCCCGUCUCCAAUACACUAUGCGUUCUCGACCAUCGGAGAAAAGGCGUUGUCUUAGUGAUCUGGAAAAUAUAUCUAACGCCUCCAAACCUGGCUCACAGACCCUUAACAAGGCAAAUGUUCUUGUUGCUGAGACUCAAGACCCAGACUCGGAACCUAACCAUCAGGCAGUCCGCAUGCAGCCGGUCGGUGCGUCUACUCAUAGAAGUGGUGAUAGGCACUCGGGUGACACCAACUCAGAAAACGACGCUUCGACGCAGUCAGCCCCGACGCUUACAAACGCCAGCCCAGGCCCAACGAACCCCGACCGACCAAACGCCGUGUCGAAGGAAUCCUCUCUGCGUAUCCGUAUGCGUUUGGCAUCACUCAGUCCGCCAACACAGACCUCUUUUAACGCCUCUGAGGCCAUUCGGAAAGCGGUGAAUCAUCACGACAUUGAUAAUGACACUACAAUGCCGCGGUCAUGUCUACACAAAAGAGGUCUACAACAUCACCGCGAACGGAGGUUGAGAAAGCCACAAAACUCUGACCCAGAUGUGACGGGAGCGGACAUAACUCUGCCUACGGAGUUUGUCGCCUCAGAUGUCACCGUCGAUGUCGAUACAGUCACAGAUAUGAACGUCUUUUCAGCAACAGAGGCUCAUCCACCGCCAUCAAAAAAUCCGGAGACCAACUCU